AUGUCCCACCACCUGUUCCUGCUUUCUCCCUCUGAUACCCCGCUUUACAACCUGACGCACUAUUCCUCAAAGCCUUCUCAGUCGACUUCAUCUCCACUAGCUUCCAACCUACCAAGCUGGUCUACCUCUGCCUUCGCCGGAACCUUGACUGCAUUGUCCGGAGCUUCGAGCGCGACACAGACACAACAUGGGCAGGGAGGGACCGUGAAGAUAGGGGCGGGGCAGGACAGGCAUGUCAUUCAGAUGAUAGCAAAUGCAAGCCUAGACGCGAUAGAGGAGGUAAUGCGUAAGGACAGUGUAAUGUACCUCAAAUCCGUGGACAAGUUCAACGAAUGGACGGUGUCGGCGUUCGUGACCCCCGGCAAUAUGAAGUUUGUGCUGUUGCACGAGUCCCGUAACGACGACGGGAUCAAGGCGUUCUUCAGUGAUGUUUGGGAGCUGUACGUCAAGACGAUGCUGAACCCGUUCCACACGGCGCAUACGCCCAUCCGGAGCCCAGUUUUUGAUUCUCGUGUGAGGGCCAGCGCGAAGAAGUACCUGUAGGCCAUCGAUCGUCCCUCCGAGGCGCGUCGGAGACAAAAGGAGCUUUGGAGUCAACAUGUCACCUGCGCGCCCACCUAUUGUUUCGCCGUGCGCCAUGGCCCGCGGGGUCCCUGCGGUGAGGCCCCGGCGAGGGGGUGAUUAGCGAGAAGCUAGGGUAGAUGCCAGCAUGUACUGUAGCCGUGUGUACGAGGGCUGUUAUAGAGUGCAUCUGUCGAUUGGG